UAGUCUACUUCUACCGUAUGCUUCUACUCAAUCUACCAUUUCCAAGCAGUUAGAAGUUUAGAGUAGCCAUGGCCGAGGAGACUGCUAUCACCACUCAACCCCAGUCCCGCCGAAAGGAAGUGGAAUCGUUUGUGAGGGAUCUGGACCCAAACAGUGUGGUUGAAUGGAGUGAAUCAGAUGUGGUGGAGAAAUAUCUCAAACCAACUGGUUUUGAACAUUUGGCCAAAGUUUUCUCUGAGCAGCACAUCAAUGGGGCAGUCCUACUAGCGCUCGAGGAGCCUCACCUCCAAGAGUUGAAGGUGAUGGUGAUUGGAGAUCGUAUCAUCUUCCUGGAGUACCUUAAGCUCCUCAAGAAGCACAAACGAGAUGCAGACAGAAGCAAGGCUCUGUGGACUGGCGUCACACCUGUCAAGAACUGUGCCUAUCACCAGAACUGCCUGGGCUUCUGCUUCCAUGUUUUGUGCACGUGCUGUGUGCCUACCACUGAAUGGCGUGUGACUGGACAGGGCAUUCGCUGGCGUAAGAACACCUCCUCCAUUGACUGCUGUGGAGAAGUGGAGACUCAAUUUGUGGACUUCAGGUUCCUCAAGGAUUUGGAGAUUCGAAAGCAGCCCAAGUUCUUGUGCUGCUGUGUUGGCUCUGAGCUGCUCGUCUAUGCUGAUGACAAAGACUCUGUCAGUGGUACCCGCCAGACGGCUUCCAACGUGGCUCAGACAGAGACACACGAGCCCAUCUCCAUCUUCCACCCUGAGGCAGCACGAGCUGAGAGCCUCAUCAGGAACGCCUGGGCUGACACGCAGUUGGUGGCUGACUAAUACUCUAAUUAUGCAUCAGAGAAUUGCUGAGAUAUAUAGAAACAUUAGAUUGUAUGUGUGAAUCAUUUCUGCUCAUAAUUAAUUUUGGACUAUGAA